GCCAAUCUCGUGUCGUAGUUUAAGCCCCGUGUGUUGCUGUGGUAACUUCAGGCCUGUGCUCUUGCUUUAUUUACUUCAACGGUUUGCAGACAUGUCGGCCAGAAGAUUCUUCGUUGGAGGAAACUGGAAAAUGAAUGGCAACAAGGAGAGUCUUGGCGAACUCAUAACAAUGCUGAACACGGCCAGUCUCCACGAUGAAACAGAGGUGGUGUGUGGAGCCCCCUCUAUCUACCUGGAUUAUGCCAAAUCCAACCUGGACCCCAAGAUUGGUGUAGCUGCCCAAAACUGCUACAAGGUGGCCAAGGGUGCCUUUACUGGUGAGAUCAGCCCAGCAAUGAUCAAGGACUGUGGUGUAGACUGGGUGAUUCUCGGCCACUCAGAGAGGAGGCACGUCUUUGGUGAAAGCGAUGAGCUGAUUGGUCAGAAGGUGGCUCAUGCACUGGAGAGUGGAUUGGGAGUGAUUGCGUGUAUUGGUGAAAAGCUGGAGGAAAGAGAGGCUGGGACCACAGAGGAAGUGGUGUUUGCCCAGACCAAAGUCAUUGCAGACAAUGUGAGUGACUGGGGUAAAGUGGUGUUGGCAUACGAGCCUGUCUGGGCUAUUGGCACCGGCAAAACUGCCACACCAGAACAGGCCCAGGAGGUGCAUGAGAAGCUGAGAGUUUGGAUGAGGGAGAAUAUCUCAGAGGCUGUGGCUGACUCUGUGCGCAUCCUCUAUGGAGGCUCCGUGACAGGGGCUAACUGCAAGGAACUUGCUGGCCAAGCUGAUGUUGAUGGCUUUCUAGUGGGCGGAGCCUCUCUUAAGCCCGAGUUUGUUGACAUCAUCAACGCGCGGGCAUAGAGAAGGUUUCACUGAGUCACAGAAUGAUCACAGAGUCCAGACACAGCACAUCCAUGUCCAAUCUCUAACCACUUAUCCUAGACAAAUGGAGGCAAUUGGAGUCUGUAAGUGAGAGUAAUGAUAGUAACUCUACACUGCAUACUGGCUGAGUCAUAGCUUGUAUGGUUUCACUCCUUAACAUUUCACAGUAAGUGUCAAGGGGAAGGGGUUAGUGUGUUUAGUAUUGGACCACUGGCUUCCACUUUUUUCCCUACCUCUGCUAAGUGUGUUUAAGAUGGUGAAGGCAUAAAGGCACCAUUGCCCUUGGAUGAAGUUCCUUACUAGCUUUAGCACCUGAACUAUAUUAGCUAUAUGUUUACAAAGUGUACUACUUGAUCGGAUAGGUCCACAUAAGUACGCGUUAAAUGGUAGUGACGAUAUACUUGCACUGUGCGCAUUGUGCUAUUCCCUUUUUAAGACUGGCCCUGUUCCAAAACCCUCCAGAAGUGCGUUCUUAAUCUUUUCUUUUCAUUUAUAGUUGCUGCUCUUACCAAGGGCUGAGUGACAGCAAAACAGCUUUAACCUUUAUACUUCUUCAAAGCUGGUACUUCCUGGUAAUCCAAGUUCACAAUGCUCAUUCACUUUGAGGUUAGAAACGGUACUUUAAAAAACUUUGUUCUCCAUCUUCCUGCCUUUUUCUGAUGUGAAAUGGAAGGAAUGAACUGAAAUCACAUGGUUUUGAGGCGUGCUAUUCCAAAGAGACGAGAGCCAGUCAUUAUACGUCAGACCUCUCACUAACUCUCAGGCUCCAUUUUCCUGCCUGGGUUUCUAGCUGAUAAUUACAGCUGACAAGUGACACUUGAGUGUGUUUUUUUUCUCAGUCAGAAGCUUGUAAUUACAGUAAUUCUGCCCUGGAUUGAAUGCAGCAUGAAAUGUAUUUUUUUUCCCCCCUCACCUUUUCCACCCAUUUGGGUAUCAGUUAGUAGAAAGACAGGAAGUGCGCACUUCUUUAGACAUUUGGAACUGGGCCACUGUAUUAUAUGAAACUGUAAUCAUUACUUGAUGUCGUAUUCCCUCUGCUCUCACUCUUAUUCUGUAGCUGAAAUAAACUGUAUUGUCCGCCACAAAAAAAC